ACUCACACCUGAGAACACUCAACUCCUCUCACCACCUCAACCCCACUCGGCCCCACACACCACCAUGACCGGCUCCUGCUGCGGCCCCACCUUCUCCUCCCUCAGCUGUGGCGGAGGCUGCCUCCAGCCCUGCUGCUACCGCGACCCCUGCUGCUGCCGCCCCGUGUCCUGCCAGACCACCGUGAGCCGCCCCGUGACCUUCGUGUCCCGCUGCACGCGCCCCAUCUGCGAGCCCUGCCGCCGCCCGGUCUGCUGCGACCCCUGCAGCCUGCAGGAGGGCUGCUGCCGCCCCAUCACCUGCUGCCCCACGUCGUGCCAGGCCGUGGUCUGCCGCCCCUGCUGCUGGGCCACCACGUGCUGCCAGCCCGUGUCUGUGCAGUCCCCGUGCUGCCGCCCCACCAGCUGCCAGCCGGCCCCCUGCCGCACCACCUGCCGCACCUUCAGGACCUCCCCCUGCUGCUGAGCAGUGCACUGCCUGCGCAGAGCAAGCAACCGACCGUCUGAAAAAGUUCUACCCCCAUUUCUCUACCUAACAAACUUCUUGCCCUAUGCCCUUAAGACCUCGCAUCAACUAGGAACUGGAGAUGCAGGCUCAUCUAUUAAGGCUUGGGCUAUUCUCAAGUAACAACUUCCUUCUUCCCUUCUUAUAUCUUAAGUCUUGCAGCAUGUUUGUUUUCUAAUAAACUUCUUUUUUGGCCCAGCAAACACAA